GCAAAUAAGAGGCGGCAUUCGUCAGCGUUAGACCGUGCUCCUUCCCCUGGCAAGCUGGCAGCGGCGGCUGGCGGCAAUGGCCGCGCUGCGGCUACCAAGAGCUCCAGCCACGGCGGCCCUGGUCGGCGGGGGCGUCCCGCGCCGCCUCCCCACCCCGGAGCAGCCCCCGCCGGUGCGGGCACCCAACACGGCCCACCUCAACGCGCUGCUCACGGCCUACGGCCGCCGCGGCCGCAUCCGCGAUGCCCAGCAGGUGUUCGACCGGAUGCCCCGCCGCGACGUCAUCUCCUGGACGGCCCUCCUCACCGCCUACGCGGACGCCGGCGACCACGCCUCCGCGCGCCUCGUCUUCGACGACAUGCCCCGCCGCAACGCCGUCUCCUGGAACGCGCUGCUCUCGCUCUACCUCCGCGCGGGCGCGGGAACGCCCGCCACCACUACGCCGGUCGCGCACGCGCUCUUCGCGAAGAUGCCGGCCAAGAACGCUGUGUCUUACGGCGCCAUGAUCACGGGGCUCGCCAGGGCUGGCAUGCUGCGGGAGGCCCAGGUGGUGUACGGGGAGAUGCCGCUGCGGUGGCGGGACCCUGUGGGGUCUAACGCGAUGAUAGCUGGGUACCUCAGAGCCGGGGAACUUGACAUGGCGCUGAGGGUGUUUGACGGAAUGGAGGCAAGUGACGUCUUUUCCUGGAGCUCUCUGGUUGAUGGACUGUGUAAGCAUGGGACUCUAUCAGAGGCGAGGAGGCUGUUCGAGGCAAUGCCGGAGCGGAAUGUGGUGUCCUGGACCUCAAUGAUCCGGGGGUAUGUGAAACGUGGGAUGUGCCGAGAUGGUCUCUUGCUGUUCCUGGACAUGAGAAAUGAAGGUGUUCCGGUUAAUGAAACAGCACUCUCAGUGGUGCUGGAUGCUUGUUCUGAGGCGAGUCUUGUCAGAGAAGGAAUUCAGAUUCAUGGGUUGAUUAUAUCAAUGGGUUUUGAAAUGAACGUUUUCUUGGGUGACUCAAUAAUCAUAAUGUAUUCCCGCUUCGGUUGGAUGGUCAAUGCUAGAAGGGUGUUUGCUUUCAUGGAGCAGAAGGACAUAGUAUCGUGGAACUCAUUGAUCACAGGGUAUGUUCAGAAUAACAUGAUUGAAGAUGCUCAUGUGCUUUUCAAGCUGAUGCCUGAGAGGGAUGCUGUUUCUUGGACAUCAAUGUUAGUUGGGUUUGCUAAUAGGGGUUGGAUGAGAGAGGCCGUUGACCUCUUUGAGGAAAUGCCAGAAAAAGAUGAGGUGGCUUGGGCUGCAGUUAUUUCCAGUUUCAUUUCAAAUGGAGACUAUGUAAAUGCGGUCCGGUGGUUUUGUCGUAUGUCAAAGGAAGGGUGCACGCCUAAUACAGUGGCUUUUAGUUGUUUGCUGAGUGCUUUGGCUAACCUGGCAAUGGUGAAUCAGGGACUGCAAGCUCAUGCCUAUGCAGUCAACAUGGGAUGGAUAUUUGACUCAGCUGUUAACACUUCUUUGGUGACAAUGUAUGCAAAAUGCGGUAGGUUGGCUGAGGCUCAUCGUGUUUUCUCAAGCAUUAGCAAUCCAAGCCUUAUUGCCACUAAUUCUAUGAUUGCGGCAUUCGCGCAACAUGGCUUGGCUGAAGAUGCGCUCAAACUUUUCAACAGAAUGCAAUAUGACGGACAAAGGCCUAACCACGUGACAUUCUUGGGAAUACUGACUGCUUGUGCACGAGCUGGAUUAGUUCAACAAGGUUAUAACUACUUCGAAUCCAUGAGAUCUGUCUAUGGCAUUGAACCAAACCCUGACCACUAUACAUGCAUGGUUGAUCUUUUAGGCCGUGCAGGCUUCCUUGCUGAAGCACUGGAAAUGAUUAAUUCGAUGCCCCAGAAAGAUUAUGCUGAUGCAUGGGCAGCUUUGCUUAGCUCUAGUAGCCUCCAUUCUAAUCUUUCUUUUGCAAAAUUAGCAGCACAGAGGCUACUUGAGAUGGAUCCUUACAAUGCAACAGCUUACACAGUCCUGUCAAACAUGUUCACCUCAGCAGGGAUGAAGGAUGAUGAAGAGAUGCUAAAAGUUGCACAGUUAUCCAACACGGCUACUAAAAAUCCUGGGUAUACCCUCAUCAUACAGGAAAAGAGUAACACAGAAUGAGCGCCAUCAGGUGCAGAUAACUGGCAUAUAGUAAGACAGGAAUAUUGGAUUCACAAAGAAACCAAGUCUAAUGCCAAGAGUAGGUGUCAGUUUGUUGGUAUCUUUUGAAUGCCACUGCAGAGUCAGUAUUGAGAACUGAGACGGCAUAGCACGUGCAUAUUUUUCCUUAUUAAUGCCUAGUAAGUAUAUGUUUGUAUCUGAUAAGAUAAUUAGUGAUAUGAAGAUUAAGGAACCUUGUUAUCUGGAUCACCUUAUGUUUUUGGGAUAUCUAUUUCAGCAUGCAACUGAUCAGUCGUAUUCUUCAUGGAAAAGGUUUUUGUUUUGUUCUCUGCAAGACACUGGAGAGUUGAUGACGUUUAUGCAAAUAAUUCAUCUGCUAUCAUGACAUGUUGAAUGAGAACAAAAUCCUUUGGAUGCUGCAUGCUUUCAACAUUCAGGAAUAUUUGUGCAAGAUAUAAUCUUCUCAUCCAUUGUUAGAGAAGAGAGCCGUUUAGCGAGGUAAUCUUUAUGCUGAUUCAGUCAUUUGCAUGAGACAACAUUACCAAGGUGAAUUGGGUGAUCAUCAAGCUUUUCUUUUAGCAAUAGAAGUUUCUGAAUAAUUCAUGGACAUCUACGGAUGUUCUCCUCAAUAAAAAUAGGAGUUUAUCUUUGUGCCUUUAUUAUAGCCUUAUAGAUGUGGCAGGUGGAGGACUUGCACUAGUUUUUUCUUUUUUGGUUGAGCAAAUUGCUGAGUAACAGGUAGAAGUUCCUAAUUUUGGGAACACAACAUUAGCUUGUUCUCUCUGAAUACAUGAUCAUGUUCUGUGAGCUUUCUUUUAUUCUAGUCCUCUUCUGUUUAUUCUGUCAUUUUUUCAGUGCUCUACAGUCUAUGUUGCACAAGUCAUGUCAAGAUCAUGACGUUUUUUAUAUACAUGAUGGUAGUUGAGAUGCUUACAACACAAGAAUCAUGACUAGUCCAAUACUGUAACCAAUUCGCUUCAACCUCAAUCACUCAAUUUUCUUUGUACUUUUACCAGAAGGCUUGAUGGGAUCCCAUAAAUAGGCCGACAUUUGCAAUUCCACUUUAAUUGCCAUCUGUUUCUGAACCAUGGAUCCAUUUCUUCUCUCCAUCCUCUUGUGCUUAUGGAUCUUUAUUGUAGUGUAUUGGAGAAGGAUGAACAGCAUGAGGCUAAGGCUUCCACCUGGACCUCCAACAUGGCCAAUCUUUGGUAACCUUCUCCAGUUGAGCCCUCUUCCACACAAAGACUUUGCUCGAUUCUGCACCAAAUAUGGCCCCCUUGUCUAUCUCCGCCUAGGAACCAUCGAUGCCAUCACCACCGAUGAUCCUGAAGUCAUCCGUGAAAUACUCAUCCGGCAAGAUGAGGUCUUUGCUUCACGGCCUCGGACACUGGCUGCUGUCCAUCUUGCCUAUGGGUGCGGCGAUGUGGCACUAGCUCCACUGGGGCCAAACUGGAAAAGGAUGAGGAGAGUUUGCAUGGAGCACUUGCUGACAACCAGGCGGCUCGAGUCCUUCGCUGCGCACCGAGCUCAGGAGGCUGAGCACCUCUGUCAGUUUGUAUGGGCUAAAGCUCAGUCCGGGAAGCCCGUGAACCUCAGAGAGGUUCUUGGUGCCUUCUCUAUGAACAACGUCACGAGGAUGCUGCUGGGGAAGCAGUACUUUGGGAUCCAGUCUGCAGGACCCGGUGAAGCGAUGGAGUUCAUGCACAUCACCCAUGAGCUGUUCUUCCUGCUGGGCCUGAUCUAUCUCGGGGACUACUUGCCGGCCUGGAGGUGGGUCGACCCGUACGGGUGUGAGAAGAAGAUGAGGGAGGUCGAGAAGAAGGUGGACGAUUUCCACCAGAAGAUAAUUGAUGAGCACAGGAGGGCUCGGGAGGCCAAGAAGAGUGCUGCCUCCUCUUAUGACGAUGAUACCAAAGAAGAGAUGGACUUCGUCGAUGUGCUGCUGUCUUUGCCUGGUGAGAACGGGAAGGAGCACAUGGACGAUGUCGAGAUCAAAGCUUUGAUGCAGGACAUGAUCGCUGCUGCUACGGACACUUCAUCAGUGACCAACGAGUGGGUGAUGGCGGAGGUGAUCAAGAACCCGCGCGUGCUCCGGCGUAUCCAGGAGGAGCUGGACGCGGUGGUCGGCCGCGACCGGAUGGUGGCGGAGUCGGACCUCCCCUACCUCCACUACCUCCGGUGCGUGGUCCGCGAGUCCUUCCGGAUGCACCCGGCGGGGCCGUUCCUGAUCCCGCACGAGUCCCUGAAGCCGACGACGAUCAUGGGGUACCACAUCCCGGCGCGCACGCGCGUGUUCAUCAAUACGCACGCGCUGGGCCGGAACCCGCGCGUGUGGGACGCCGUUGGCGAGUUCCGGCCGGAGCGGCACCUGCCGGCGGAGGCGGGCGCCCGGGUGGAGAUCAGCCACCUGCCGGACUUCAAGAUCCUGCCCUUCAGCGCCGGGAAGCGCAAGUGCCCCGGCGCGCCGCUGGGCGCGGCGCUGGUGCUCAUGGCGCUCGCCAGGCUCUUCCACUGCUUCGACUGGUCCCCGCCCGACGGCCUCCGCCCCGAGGACAUCGACACUCGGGAGGUGUACGGAAUGACCAUGCCCAAGGCGGCGCCGCUCGUCGCCGUCGCCACGCCGCGCCUGCCGCCGCACAUGUACGCCGCGGCCGCCUCUGUAGUCUGACGCUAGCUAGCAAGCUCCUCGCACUCCAGGUCAAUGUAAGCCAAGCCAUGGCUAAUGGUAACGGAGAACUGAUCCUAUACACGCACAUAAACAAACGAUGAAUGAAAUGCAAAUCCUUCCUUUC